AUGGCUAAGUCAGAGUUAUGCGAUAUAUCAGAGAUUCGACCUUACCUUUAUCUUAGUGGUUUUGGUUGCAUUACAGAAAAAAAACUACGAAAUUUGGGAAUUACAUGCAUAAUUGAUGCAACUAAUCUUCCGAACAAUCCUCGUUAUGAUGGAAUUGAAUUUCUGGAUAUCCGAGUGGAUGACUCCUUAAUUGCUGAUCUUUUUCCAUAUUUUACCAUCGCUGCACAAUUUGUUCAAAAUGCUCAAAAAAGGGUACGUGUUAAAAAACAUAUGUUUUAAAC